UAUCUUUACUGGUGCCCUGUACAGACAUACAGAGUCAGACAGAAACUUCCCAAAUAGCAAGAGGACAGUUCAUCGGGGCUGUCACACAGGUAAUGGACACCAUUACCAAAGUUCUUGAAAUGAAAUACAAUAAAUACUUAAUUUGUACAAUGUAAAUUGAAUUCCAGUUAGUAGUUCAAGUUUAUUGUCAUAUUCAUAUAAAAGUACAAUGUACAUUCCGAUCAAAUGAAAUAUGUUGUGCUCUGGCACUCUCUCAGCUGUAACGCAGAUAGCAAACUAACAAAUAAAACACUUGAGAUACUGUACGUCUAACUCCAACAUUGACAACCAACUAAAUACAUAAAACAGCACCAAUAAAACAAAAACACACACACCCUGUACAUAAUUAUGUCAUGUUAAAAUGUUAGGUCUACUAUUUAAAAUCCUAACUGCUUGGAGAUAGACAUUAUCCCUGAGGUGAGUGGUCUGAGCCCUGAUGCUUUGGAAGCGCUUUCCCAAUGGUAAGUACCUAAAUGUUUAUGUGCUGGAUGGCCAGUGUCUGCUAAAGGCUUCUUUAUAGUUGCGCGGGGGCGACUAUAGUCACGCGGGGGCGACUACAGACGUCACUGCGGCUAUCCUGCGCGCAGUUCGCCUUUAUACUCGAGCGCAACCCACACGCGCUGUUUUGAAAGUGUGCUUCAGUUCUCCUCCGAGUCGGGAUGUCACUACGGCUGGUAUUGGCUAGGAAUUUCCUCUGCAUUUUAUGGCCAAUUCCGGUAGCCGUCCCUCAUGAGUUUCCACAUUCGCUUGCACUCCAACACCUCUUAACCUACUGCCGUGUAAAUUUCACACCAGGCGUUCGCUGACAUUUGUGCAUCUUUGUAAUUUUUAGUGCUAGCAUCAUAAAGUCUGAGCACAUAUUUGCGCACCUCCUCGCACAGCCAAUAUCAGCCAAGAUGGCAGUAUUGAGGAACCAAGGGGAAAGCUGAGUACGUCAUCACAGCAUGUGACUAAAACGCACCAAUCACGAGAGAUGAUCUCCGCGGCAUUCUGCGCGUGGCGACAAUUUGUGCCGUGUGCGCGUCAAGUGUCUUAGGGGCCACACAGCCCAAUGCGUCAGUCACGCGCAAUGCGUCAGUCACAUGCAAUGCGGGCGCUGUCGCCCUCGCGAGCGCGGGAGUAUAAAGAGGCCUUAAGGCAGCAGCCUUGAGGAGCACCAAUGUUCAGAACUGUGGUAGAUGAGUGGAUGUUCCUAACUCUGUACUGUCUGCUGUCUUCCUGUCAGAAAUUCAUCAAGCCACAUGCAGAUGGAAUUGCAGAGGCCAAGAGGAUGGUGUUAUGUCAGAGAGUACAAGCUCCAUGUCAGAUUCAACAUCACAUGACAAUGUCCUCUCCCAGUGUGGCUGCAGAUCAGCGCUCUCUGUCCCAGCCUCGGCUAACUGUAGGCAGCCCUGACCAUAGGGUCAGUAGGAAACUCUCUCCUGUAGAGAUUUACUACGAAAUGAGGACUCGUCGCAAUUCUCUUACAAGUUCUGUCAGUCCAACUCACUCUUUACCAAGAAGUGCAUCCAAUGUUGAAGGCAGAAGUGUUCCAGCUACACCACUUCUGGCCCGAACUGCACCAAUCAGUGUUCAUGUCAGGUCUGAUGUGUCAGGGAACAAUGGGUUGAAGCAGUGGUCUGGCAGUCUUGAUGUGCCCUAUAUGAUACCACUCGCUAAGGAGGGCUCCUCCUCGGACCGUAGAAGCUGCCUUUACAACUCCAGAGCCAGACGCAGUAAUAGCUCAGAGGCCCUGCUGGAUCGGUCCAGCCUUUCAGACGAUCCAGUCCCCAGAAACGUGAUGCACCCAAAAGGAGGGCCCUACAAGAGCUCGGAAACCCUGACAGAUGGGAAACUACGACACACUCACCUGAGCAGCCCUGAGAAACAUGUAGACGGAUCUGGGGAACAGGCCAAAAUGCGCCUUUCCAUGGGGGGCCGAGGGGCUGGGGUAAGCUACAAUGAGCUGUUGAUGGACUAUAUCUGGGGGAAGCAGCAAAGGAUGCAGGCGCAGCACAACCUCUUCCAGUCCACAGGCAGAAUCUGGCAGGACUUAGUCUCUCAUUGCUCCCCUACUGGAGGAGUUGCCCCCCAUGCAAAUGGUUUCACCCAUUCCCAGGUGCAUCUUCCGAGCACUGCACCUCCUUAUAGCCCAAUGGUUGGCCGAAGGCCUCAAGCUGACAUGCGCAGGGUAAAGGUCACCAGAACCAAAUCUUGUGGACCCUUUAUUCCUUUGCAGCAACACCCCCAGGAUGCCAUCCUGCUUUCAGAGUCCGAGUCGCACCUUCCUGCCUCUGGUACCACCACGUCCUCCAUUCCCAACCUGCUCCCCUACCAGACCGAACUCUCUGGCCCUGCUUUCGGUCGAAGACCCCCGCAAUUCUCCCUUCCGACCCCAGAGGACUCAACACGAAGCCUCCACAAAGCCCUGGCUCUGGAGGGACUGAGAGACUGGUACCUUCGGAACGCCCUCGGAUAUCCCGCUAAGAGCCACGAAGGAGGGAUUUCACGGCUGUCACACCCCCACCCUCUGGCAUUCCAGGCCCAGUCUCUUCAAGGUGAAGCAGCCAACCUUCACAGGCCUCAAAUGCCCCAGUCAGCCAGCUUCCAUGGGCACCCACUGCAUGGCAGGUCGACGGAGCUGUCGCUCUAUCAGGAGAGUCCUCACCCCCACACACCAGAAGGGGCCACAAAGGAACCCAACGCAGACCCAGGGACCCUUGUCUGAAGCAGCGGGACCACACAGCGACUCACACUCCAAACGCAACAUACCAAGCAUUGACCCCCAAGUAGACCACUUGAUACAAUGUGGCUUCAACGGGGAAACAAACAUGGCAACCUCAGCAGAAAAACAACUGUAACAAACGACAGUGUAGCUGUACAGUUUGAAAAGACUUGUCAAGUCCCAUGUCUUUGAACCUGGCGUUCCCUAAGGAGAUGAGUAUUGAUGAGUAAGAAUAUGGUCAAGCUGUACGACUUAAUAGCACCUCCAUAAUCCACAGAGAAGUCUCCCAAGAUCUACUUUUUUACAAGUUUAAAUCACUAUUUUUUAUCUUCUCAGAUAUAUAAAGUUAUAUUGAAAAGAUAAUAUAUUGCUCAUUAACCAUGUGUGUUAUACAAGUAUUAAUACUACAUGCCAGUGAAUGUGUGUUUAUGGACGAUAAAAAAAAGACCUCAAUCGUUGUCGUUAAUUUUACAGCCAUUCUUAUUUGUCACGUUGAUACACGAAAUGGGCCGUGAACUGAAUUUACUGGAGUAGCAGAUGGGAGGGCCUCUAUGUUUCUAACAGAGCAAAAGUAAAUGUUGGUUAGAUGACUUUAAAGUGCUUUUUAAUGACCUGGUCUGCUCAUAUUAAGCCUCUACGAAUUUCCUCGAAUCAAGUGAAGCAGUUCGCAAUGUCAGUAAAAUUAGGGGAAUUUGGAACGAUGUCAAUAGAUUCUUGAUUCGUCUCGGGCCUGGCUGAUAAAUAGAACUUUGCUUCUCCAGGUUGAUGGGAUGCUUUGAUUUGUUUCGGAACAAACCCGAGGUCUGUUGUGAGAUCUACUGUAUUGCAGUAGCACAUGAACUGUAUGACACGAGAUCCUGUUGUUUUUCUUUGGUCUGACUGUCAUACAGAGCACUUUAUGAACAUCUUAAGCCUUAAAUUCCCUAUGAUUUGUCACCACGAGAGAUGACAGGCUGUAGUGUUGACAGUCAUGAUCAGCCUGUCUGGGUCUGUAAAUAAUGUGGAUUGUGCUGAGCAGUUGCAAGAUGAUGUUUUAUUCCUGAACUAACAAUAGGAUUUUAAUUUUUUUAAUUUUAUUUUUUUUACACUAACCACAUGUAAUAAGCCCCCCCGCUCCCCCUGCUUUUGAUUAGAUUUUUUUGUUAACAUAAAAAGUGUGGCUGAUGGCAUGAACAGAACCGGGCUGCUGUUGUUCUGAAUGACUGAGUGAGCAGGUCUCACACCAGAGAAUUUGUUCAUGAGUUUAAUCAUCUCUCAUUUUCAUUUCAACUCGUUAUGUCUGAAAAAAAAAAAAAACAUUUGGUUCCAUUACAUAUAUUUCAUAUUUGUUAAUAAAAGUCUAACCAACAUUCUGCAACAUAAACCUCAGAAAAUGUGAGUGAGUAUCAGAUGAAAUUGUAAUUAAUUUGAUGUAGACAGAACUAAGCAAAUUUUUUUGAUGUAUUAGUUGCCAUGUAUGAUCUUUGGACUCAUUUGAAUGUAUUUUUUUUUCUGUUUGAUACUGUAUGUUGAUAAUAUUUUCUACUCUGGUACAAACUGUAGCACCCUAUGGAUUUAAUGUUCUAAUGUAAACAGCUAUACAGUUUUCUGAAAAGACCAAAUGUCUGUGCACUGGGAAUUGAAAUGUAUUUUUCUUAAGAGUUGAGAAAGAAAAAUGCUAUGAAUUUAGCUCUAAAGCAAGAUUUACCUAUAGUAUAUUCAUAAACUUGAACACUUUGUAGCAAUCUACUGUAGCUUGUUCUCAUCAGUCAGUGUGGGAAUUAAUGUGUUAGAACCAUUAUAUUCAGCAGUGUGAUAUUUGCGUCUCUUUUUAAAAAUAUAUUUAAGUACCGCUAUUCCGCCUCCCUUUAUUCCAGGUCUAUAAAAUCAGGCUCAUUAGGCCUUCCCUAUACUGUAUGUACAUGUAUGUAUGAAAUUGUGCAUUCAUUCUAUGAAAAUAAAGUUUCAUGUUGCAAUCA